AUGGCUCGUGGCGCUGGAAAGCGACCCAACAAACCCGCCACCAGCUCGACCACCCACACAAAGCCGCCUGCGAGCACUACCUCCGGUCCUCCCACCCCGUUCCACUACGCCCCAACUACCCUCAGACCCUUCCUUUCGACCCUGCCCACGGACCACAUAUACCUGGUUCACCUAGAUCACACGCCGCCGAGUCUCAAGAAACGCGUCUUCGCUGUCCCCGUCCUCCUAAAUCUGCUCAUUACCAUCGGACUCUGCAUUCGUCUCUACUAUGCUGUGCCAAUCUACCUUGAACAAAUCAUUACGAUAUUCGGAUAUGACACUGCAUAUAAAAUUGAUACCGCCACUGCAGCGGUGGGGGAACUCGUGAAUGCUGUCUUUUCACGAACAGCCUUACUCAUGCUCGACUAUGCUAUCUUUGGCUUGCUUGGAAGCUGGCCCAAAGAAUUUCUCUUUGGCAGCCGACUGUUGAGGUUCGUGGGCCCGUGGGAAUGGCGGAGAACGAUAGGCUUCAGGGAUACGGAAAUAAUCGUGCGCAGAGGCAGGAAAUGGGACACACCAUUGCUUGUCGGGGACACCCCAGAUGAGGUAAAGACCUGGAAAUUGGACGAAGAAUUGACCAUUAAAGUCAAAGUCGAUCCAGCUAUGCGGACUGACACUCUUGCGAAGACUGGGUAUCUCCUCCUUGACAAGGACUGGGAUCUCGACUUCAAGGCGAUGCUGGACGCGCAUAGGCUAGUGGAGAAAGGUGUGAUCCAACUGAAAGACCUUGAGAAUCUAGCUCUGGUAUACUAUGAGAAGCAAUGGUUGGUCUGGAAAGUCCAUGAAUCGCAAGAUAUCACUGCUAUGGGACAGCGGCAGGACAGCACCGUGGAAAAGUUCAGACGAAUUCUUACGGAUCUCGGCGCCGAGGGAGUCUUCUACCGCUGGAUUGAGAUCGUCCAGUUUGAAACCUCACAACCUGGAGGAUUCACGCAAGGACGACAGGCUGAAGCAAUCCGCGAAUUGAGGACUCGCUUGGAGAAGAAGGGGGUGGACUACGCCAAAUUUUGGGAGGACAUAGGCGGACAGGCUGGUCUCCCCGGCUUUGAUGUGCAAAAUCAAGAAUGA